AGUUGGAGGAAGUAUUUCUUAAUGACAACAUUAAUCAAGUGUUGGAGGAGAAGAAGAAACUCACAGCCAGCCGCAAUAUGAAAACGUGUCACUUAAUUUGCAUAACAUUGGCCAUUAUUCUGAGCAAGCAUUUUGCACUGGCUGAAAUUGAUCAGCACGAAGGUUAUGUCAUUGGUCAGUGUUUGGAUCGUUUUGGUGGACCCACUUUGGAAAAUGCAGAACGCUUGAAACGCUUUAAGGAAUGGUCCAUUACCUAUGAGGAGAUACCCUGCUUCACCAACUGCUAUCUCUCGAAGAUGUUUGACUUUUACAAUGAAACCGAAGGUUUUAUUGAGGAGAAAGUGAUCAAACAAUUUGGUGCUCCCGUCUAUGAGGUGUGCAAGCCCAAGUUAACCGAGGGUAGUAAUAAAUGUGAAAUAGCCUACAAUGGUUUUCAUUGUAUGGUUAGCUUGGAAAAUGAUCCCUUUGUGGUUAUAGAUGGUAUGGAAAAUUUAAAUAUCGAUGCUAAGCUGGCCAUGAAAGAUUGCCUCCACCAAUUCGAUCGUUUUGAGUGGCAACGUUUUGGCGAAUAUCCCCGUUUUCCGGUGCGCGAGCCCAUUCCCUGUUACACCCGCUGUUUUGUGGAAAAAUUGAAGCUCUUCAAUCAUCGCCUACAGAAAUGGGAUGUUCAUGGUUUAAAUACCAAAUUGAGUUUGCCCUUGGAGAGUGCCAAUUCGGAAGCCUGUGCGGCCAUGAGUAAAAGCCGCAACCGCAAUCACUGCUCCUGGAUGUACAAGGAGUUCACCUGUUUUGUUAUGUCUAGUGUCCCCAAAGGAUAUUAAUAUAAUAGUUGGUCGUAAUAAUGUAAAAUUGUUUUAAAUAUAAUUUGGAAAAAAUAUUCUUUGAAGAAUUUUAAUAUUCUAAAGGUAAACAUUCGAGAAAUUACCUUUGGAAAUUACCUUAGUAGAAUGCGAACCUUAUCAAGAUUAUAUACAAACAUCGUUAUAAAUUAACAAU